AUGUCCACGUACAAUAAGUAUCAAUUCAACGUCAGCAUGUCCUGCGGCGGCUGCUCCGGCGCCGUGAAGCGCGCCAUGACCAAACUCUCGCAAGAAGAUGCUGGCAAGGGCAUCAACAUCGAAGCCUCACAAUUCCUCCAUGAACAGAAGUCUCCCGACGAGCCCAACGUAUUCAUCGCCAUCGACAAAGAUGCAGAUGCUACAGACUAUGAAACCGUACUAGAACGGAUCAAGAAAACCGGAAAGGCGGUCAACUGGGGCGAGAAGGAGGGUCAGAGGGUUGAUGUCUAGUGUGCGUGAGGCAAAUGUUGCGGACCCACAUGCGAAGAGAAGAGUGAAUCGUUAUGAUACCUUGGCAUGAAAACAUAAAUACAUGAUUAUGGCUCGUGCUGCAUGACACUGUGCUUUCUUCGUCGAGUAUGUACAACUCACCACGUUACUUGCCCUAAUCGUUGUUACAAGCGACUGCAAGAUGUCUGUGUGAAGUGGAGAUAAAGCACCCCCAGAAUGAGAGGUAAGGAUUCUGAUUACAGGACUGACAAGCCUGUAUCGUUCUAUGUCUAAUGGUGUAUCGUAACCAGUGUAAUUAACCAAAACCGCAACCUCUAGCAAAAUUGUAUCCCAUGAACGAGUGAACCGAAAUGCCUGUUGUUUCUCUUCGCCAUGACAAUCUAAACGCC